CCCCAUCGCUCUGAUUGGCUGUUGUGUCUUCGUUCACUCUGUACAUUGGCGUAAAUGUGCGCCACUGAUAGUCAAUGCUCUCGUUCGUUACCGAGGUUAAAAUGACUGCAAAGUUAAAAAGCUGUGCUUUAACUCAUCACAGACGGGACAUCGAGCACUGACAGCUCUACGCAUACAACAAAAGGACAUUUCGCAGAGAAAUCAAAGCUCACUGGAUAGUGGACCAUAACCUUUGUCGGGUAUUCCCGAUCCAGGUAAUUGUUCCUCGUUUCCCGUGAACGCGCCGGUAGCUGAUGUCAUAAAACAGGUGCGCAUACGCAAGUUAACAACAGAGUCGCCCUAGGAUUACUCACAGUACGGAUGUACAUGUUUUUUUUCAGCCGUUUCAUUUAUCAACCGGCAUUACGCAGCGAUUUAAGGCUGUAUCAUUUGUGUUUGGCGGGAUAAAGUAGGCUGUCCUGCCUCGGAGGGUCGCGUAUUGUUAUUUCCACGUCUUUCUUUCUUUCCUAGAAAGCGUUUGUUUGGAUCGUUUGAGGGCGUUAUUUGUCGCUGCUACUCGGUUUAGGCAAUGAAGAGUCUUACAACGUUCGCUUGAGCUUUUACAUGGACGACACUGAAUUCACGAAUUUACACUGGGAUAUUUGAGAACGCGAGCGAUGUUGCCUCUGAAGUUUUGAAUACGUUUUCGACCAAGAGAUGGAAAUCACACCGCUGUGCGUUACAGCGCUCUGAAUUGGAAAUAUAAGGAAAUAACCUGUUUGUUUUUAAAAGACUCAAGGAUUAAACAUGUCCAAGACCCUGAAAAAGAAGAAACAUUGGUCCGGGAAAGUGCAGGAGUGUGCCGUGUCGUGGGGUAACGCCGGGGAGCUCAGCGCCGUGCUGGAGAUAUGCGGCGGAGCCGAGCACGGAGAGUUCCCGUACCUGGGACAGGUGUUGUCGGACGCGAUCGUGUGCCAUGUCGGCCGGUUGCCCUGUCCGGGAGACGUACUGCUGGAGGUGAACGGCACGCCUGUCAGCGGACUGACAAACCGAGACACCCUCGCCGUCAUCCGCCACUUUCGCGAGCCCCUCCGUCUGAAGACUGUAAAGCCAGGUAAAGUGUUGAAUUCAGAUUUGCGUCACUACCUCAGCCUACAGUUCCAGAAAGGCUCCUUGGACCACAAGCUUCAGCAAGUGAUUAGAGAUAACCUGUACCUGCGCACCAUUCCCUGUACCACAAGGCAACCUCGUGACGGGGAGGUUCCAGGAGUGGACUAUAAUUUCAUCAGCGUUGGGGAGUUUCGUGUGUUGGAGGAAAGUGGACUGCUGCUGGAGAGUGGGACUUAUGAUGGUAAUUAUUAUGGCACCCCAAAGCCUCCAGCAGAACCCAGCCCAGUCCAGCCAGACCUGGUGGACCAGGUUCUGUUCGACGAGGAGUUUGACACAACACAGCGUAAACGCACCACCUCUGUCAGCAACAUGGAAAGAAAGGACAGCGCAGCUCCCGAGGAAGAGGAUGAGGAUGAAAGGCCACCUAUGGUGAACGGACUCACAGAACACAAAGAGGGACCCGAGUGGAGGAGGGCUGUGCCCAGCUACACUCAGUCCAGCAGCAGCAUGGACUUCCGCAACUGGAACAGCCUGCCCCGUGACGAGAGCCAAGAUCCUUUACCCAAAAACUGGGAGAUGGCCUACACAGAGACAGGCAUGGUCUACUUUAUCGAUCACAAUUCCAAGACUACAACCUGGCUCGAUCCACGACUGGCAAAGAAAGCGAAGCCGCCAGAGAAGUGUGAAGAUGGAGCUGCCUCUGAUAUGCCUGAAUGCCUCUCUGUAGAGCUUCCAUAUGGUUGGGAGAAGAUUGAAGACCCGCAGUAUGGGACUUAUUACGUGGAUCACAUCAAUCAGAAGACUCAGUUUGAGAACCCAGUGCUGGAGGCCAAGAAGAAAAUCAGCCAGGAUUCUCCAUCCAUCCAGCCAACAGCAGCGACCACAGAACCAACACCCACAAUUGAAGCUGGUUUGAGGGGAUUUACACGGGACCCAUCUCAAUUGCAAGGGGCCAUUCUGCGGACGACGCUGAAGAAAAGUCUGCAGGGCUUCGGCUUCACCAUCAUCGGCGGAGAUCGACCAGACGAAUUCCUGCAAGUGAAGAACGUCCUGAGAGAUGGACCGGCUGCGCAGGAUAACAAAAUUGCUUCGGGUGACGUUAUUGUGGACAUAAACGGCGCAUGCGUGCUGGGCAAGACCCACGCAGAUGUGGUGCAGAUGUUCCAGUCCAUUCCCGUGAAUCAGUACGUAGACAUGGUGCUGUGCCGUGGGUACCCGUUGCCAGCAGACACCAGUUCCAGCGAGGAGGGCGCAGGAGACAUGAUGGUUGGUAUGCCAGGGAUGGAUGGUCAUUCAAACGGCACACCCUCCCCGCAGGACCUUCAUUACUUAAACACUGAGGGAAGACACCCAGCUGCAGUAAUGCCCAAUGGACGUUACCCGGAUGCUGGGGAGACCACCCUGCUGCAGCCCGAGCUGGUCAGUGUGCCUCUGGUGAAGGGGCCGAGCGGAUUCGGCUUCGCCAUUGCGGAUUGUCCGCUGGGUCAGAAGGUUAAGAUGAUUCUGGAUGCGCAGUGGUGUCGAGGCCUGCUGAAAGGGGAUGUUAUAAAGGAAAUAAAUAGGCAGAAUGUACAAACGCUCAGCCAUGCGCAGGUGGUGGACAUCUUGAAAGACCUGCCUAUGGGCAGUGAGGUCAACGUGCUGGUGCUUAGAGGAGGUCAAACAUCUCCAGUGAAGUCUCUGAAACCUAUAACACCUGCUAUACCCAUAACCCAAAAGCAGGACAUUCCCACCAGCUCCAUAAGCACUGAAACCCUAGCUCCGGCUGAGCCCGCCCCACAGUCCCUCCCCUUCCCACCUCAUGUCAUCCGCUCCAGCUCACCAAAACUGGACCCGUCUGAGCUCUACCUCAAGUCUAAAGCCCUGAUGGACAGCAAGCCUCCUAACACUAGAGACCUGGAUGUGUUCAUCAAGAGGAACCAGGAGACUGGAUUUGGGUUCAGAGUGCUGGGCGGAGAAGGGCCGGAUCAACCAGUCUACAUUGGUGCCAUCGUACCUCUGGGCGCCGCUGAAAAAGACGGACGGUUGCGGGCCGGUGAUGAGCUCAUCUGUAUCGACGGCGUUCCAGUCAAAGGCAAAUCUCAUAAACAAGUCCUGGAGCUCAUGACCAAUGCUGCCCGCAAUGGCCAGGUGAUGCUGACGGUGCGCAGAAAGCUCACUUUUCCAGGUGAAAGAGAGGAAGAUGACACCGCACAGCUUCAGGGUCCACAAGCCCCUGCACUAGUAAACGGCUCACCUAAACCACCUCACAUCGAAUUGCCCAGCCACGGUCACCCUCAACCCUACGACGUCACCUUGCAGCGCAGAGACAACGAAGGCUUUGGAUUCGUCAUCCUCACAUCUAAAAACAAGCCUCCACCAGGAGUUAUCCCCCAUAAGAUUGGUCGUAUCAUAGACGGCAGUCCCACCGACCGCUGCGGACGGCUCAAAGUGGGCGACCGCAUCUCCGCCGUUAAUGGCCAGUCGAUUAUUGAGCUGUCGCACAACGACAUCGUCCAGCUCAUCAAAGACGCCGGGAACGCCGUUGCGCUCACGGUGGUCCCCGAGGAGGAACACAGCAGCCCUCCGUCAGCCACCAGUUCAGCAAAGCAGAGCCCGGCCUCCCAGCACAGAGCUAUGGGACAGCAACCCGUCAGUCCAGAUGACAGGAACGGCACGGAUACAGAGGACAGGAAGGACAUGGCCCGAGCCGAAUACAAAUCCCUGCCUCAGGGUGAGAUGGGAACUGUCACCUCAGGGCCGAAGCAGGGUUGUUAUCCGGUGGAGUUGGAAAGAGGACAGAGAGGUUUCGGAUUCAGUCUGCGGGGAGGGAAGGAAUAUAAUAUGGGUCUCUUUAUCCUCAGAUUGGCUGAAGACGGUCCUGCUCUUAAAGAUGGCAGGAUACAUGUAGGAGAUCAGAUUGUCGAGAUCAAUGGUGAACCCACACAGGGCAUCACACACACACGGGCUAUUGAGCUCAUCCAGGCUGGAGGAAGUAAAGUCUUGCUGCUUCUGAGACCUGGGCUGGGUCUGGUGCCUGAUCAUAAUGUUAAGGAUAUGACGACAGGUUCAUCUGCAAACUCUCCACGCUAUUCUGCAUCCAGUGAGCCGUCAAUACCAGCAUCUCCAUCCCCCGUUUCUCGCCCCGAGAUAAACCCAUCUCCAUAUGAGAUCUUCUACGACCCGAUGGCUGCAUCUCACGGGCUUCAACCACAUUAUAGAGAUGCCAUACAUCAAAAUAAAACAAAUGACUCAAGCAUGUCUCGUGACAACAACGACAAUUUCGCAAGCUACCGAACACUGGAAAGACCACGCUCGGAUGAGAAGGAACGCUCGCGCAGUCCAAAAAAAUCUGAGAAGAAAAACACUCCAGAUAUGGAGAACAAGUAUGAUAACCCUUAUGGGAACAGGGAGAGGGAUCGAUCCCCCAGCCCCAGGAAAGCUAAGAAGGACACUGGGAUCAGACAGGAAGCACCUCAAAAGGGAGUUGGUGGACAGAAGCCUAAUUCUGGAAUGAUCAAAGAGAGGAGAUACAAGGAAGAAGACACUAUGCAAAGGCAUGACAGGGAGACGGGAGAGACGAAGUCUGAGGUCAGACACCAUAGGGAUGAGAUAGCUGAACCAAUGAGAUCUGUCUUCGAGAGCGGUACCCUUGGCAGAAAGGACCCUAGAGGAAGAGAUUGGGAACCGAACGAGAGCAGAUCCGAAGGAAAAAGCGGACCUAGGGGUUCUAGCAGUGCUCCUCAAGAGACUUCCCCCAACGGGAAUCCUUCCAGCAAGAAAGCCCCUAUAACCCCAGGACCCUGGAAAGUCCCAAGCUCUGCCAGGAUUCAACCUCCGGUGCAUGGAGUCUAAUGAGUUUAAGGGUUAUCAGAAUUGGCAAAGCAGAUUCUUGUGAAUCAGUGUAAUUUUUCAUUUUUGUAUGAUUCUUAUCAAAUAGCAUCUACACUGUUAACAUGCAUUGUUUAAUUCAGUGUUCGGAAAAGACUGUUUGCUCGUCUAAGAUGGUGCACUCGUCCCACCUACAAAAUAAGAGCCAUCGGUUUUGUUUUGUGCCAAUCGGACUGCAGUGAUGUCGCCCUGUGAAUCCUGUUAGGUGUGAUGAAGUUGGCUUUGAAAUGAAGGAUGUUUCUUUUCUGUGAAGGUUUAAAAAUGUGGUGUGUACAGUCUGUUACUCUGUAUUAAUUCUUCAUUUGCUGCAUGUCUGUACAACUUUUUAAUUUCCCAUGAUUCUUUGUCUACAAGAUCGAGUCCAGUCAUACGUUCACUUUGUGUGUGCAUUUAUCGGUUUUGCACUGAAUGAUCAUUUUCUUUUAAGAUCGACACAUAUCCAUCUUUAAAAGACCAGACACUUGUGGUUAAGUAUGUUGUUUACUAUCUGUGUGUUUUUAUGAAGACGCAUAUGUAAUUUAUUGAAAUUAUUACACUAUAAACGUAUACUGUAUAUGUAUAGAUAUUUGUAACCAUUCUGAGCCAGAUCACUUCUUGGUGUUCCAGCUUGCUGAUAAUAUCUUAUGCUUCAUACCAAGUACAGUUUAAAGGUAUGUAUUUUUUCACAGUGCUGUAGCUUUUACAGUUAUUCUCGGUGGACCAUUUAGCAAGGUGUGUACAUUUGGGGUAAAUUCAGGAUUAUUGGAGUGAAGCUGAAAUGGGAGAAAAUCAGAUAUAUUUUUUCAUACUAUCCAAUCGAACAUAUAUUAUUUUCCUAUUCUCUUAAGCACAUUUCACUUUUUGAUCAAAUAUAUUUUGACACCUCAACAUGGGGAGUUUUUUUUUCAUUAAGUGUCUUAACACAUCUGUACCUUACAGAUCAUCCUAUCAGAUGCUCGUCGUAUACACAAGGGAAAUGUAGCUUUCUUUGUCAUGUCUAGAUAUGUUUCCAGAUUGUCCUGAAACGUAUCAAACAUGGUGGAUUUUAUUCAUGGCAUUGGCACAUUUAAACUUAAAGGGAUAGUUCACCCAAAAAUGUAAAUUUUGUCAUCAUUUCUACACCCUACGUGAUAUUAAAAAGAUAUUUUGAUAAAUAAUGGUAAGCACACAGUUGAUGGUACCAUAGUAUUUGUUUUUCUUGCUAUAGUAUGGAAGUCUAUAGGUACUGUCAACUGUGUGUUUACCAUCAUUUAUCAAAAUAUCUUAUUUUGUGUUCAACAGAAAAAAAAAUAGGAGUGAAGAAUUGAUUACAGAAUUUUCAUUUUGGUCUAAACUAUCCAUUUAAGAUAUAGUGGUUAUGCUAUUGAUCUUCCUGUGUCUGAUAUCUUGUAUCAUAACAGUAUUUUUUUUUAAAGUACAGCAAACAUUGAGUCUCUCAUGGUCAUAGAUGCAGAGUAGGCAUCAGUAAAACAUUACAUAUACUGCAAUGACUAAUUCAAUGUUUUGUCAUGAUGAAAAAAUGUGAAUACUUGGAUCAUUAAUCUCGGCUGUUUUUGUAGGUUGUUUCUCUAGUGCAUCUCAUGUCAUGAGGUUGUAUGUAUGAUACGUGGCCUUGCAUUGCUUUAUCUUACACAAAAAGCCUUGUGGUCUCUACAUUGUGGUAGUUGUAAAUGUUUAUAAAACAAUGUACAGCACCUGUAAAAACCUGCUUUCGUGAGGGGAAAAAGAAAUAAAAUCUAUAAAUCGCUCCAUUAUUUUUUUAAGUAAUUGAGAGUAUGAGCAUAUAUAGAGAGAGUGGUUACAGAAAUUAAUCUGGUCAUGAUGGUCUGUUCAUGCACUGAUAAAUAAAGAUUUACUGAUAUAAA